CCGAUCUGACAUCUAGUGGCUGACCAAGGUAGGGAACACACAGAUUAACUCUGAGGAAUGUGUUAACAAGUCCAACAUUGCUGUUUGAGCAGGGGGUGACACAGGGUGAGAGUUGAAGAAAGAGAGAGGAAGGUUAGGACACAAGCAGGGGUCUGUCUAAUCUGGCCCUCCUCCUCUCUAUCCCCCAUCCUGUUUACCUGCCUGAACAGUUUGAAAGGAGUUCUGUGUGUGCUCAUGGAUGAGGUAGGGGGGUAGGGAGAGUAGAAAAAGGGGACUGCCAUCGCCACACCUCUGUCCUGGGGACGGCACACAGACAAAAGGGAACAAGACUCCCACAAGACUCCCACCAUCGGAUCAUCACAUACAGUACAGACAUGCCUUGCAAACUCUGGCUUGUUCUUUCAGUGUGGCUUUUGCUGCCAACCUCUGAAGCUGGACGACAGAUGCCUAAACUUUCUGACAAGAAACUCUGCGCUGACUCUGAAUGCAGCAAUCCUAUCCUGAUAGCUCGUGCACUGCAGGAUUACUACCCUGGAGACUGCAGGUUCAUCCCCAUCAGACAGGGGCAGCUCAUCUAUGUCUAUGCAAUGUUAAAGGACAGAGGGAACCUCUUCUGGGCUGGCAGUGUACAAGACUCCUAUUACGGACAGCAGGAGGCUCGUAUUGGCCACUUCCCCAGCAGUGUAGUGGAGGAGACACAUCCUCUCAUGCCAGCCAGCACUGAAGUCAAGACUACUAAAUGGGACUUCUACUGUUACUGAUAACGAGAAUCAAAUUCUGGUCAACUGCAUUACAAGAUAACUUCUUUUUUUGUAUCAUAUGAUCUUACACAUAUUGGUGACAAUGUAGGUUUGCAUGUCCACACUGUUUAUAAUCUGCAUCUUGGAAGAUAAGCAACAGCUCUACACAGCAUAAAAUGAUUCUAGAUUAUAAUCAUAUAAGGUUAUAUCUCUAUAUUUGAAUUAUUGUGUCAGUUCUAUUCUCUGUAAUACUCCAUCAAACUGUCUAUAUCUGUUUUGCAUGUAUAAGUAUUUGUAAAAGUGCAAAAGUUAAAUAAUGCAUGUGCAUGUCUUUCC